GCAUUACAUACCUAGCAUGGGUAGGUACCUCCUAGGUAAUUUAUAAUUAUCACUUGCAUAGGCACCUUCGCCGACUUUAUGCAUGACCGGGCUCUCCCCUUUAGAAUUUGUCUUCCAAAUCCAGUCCACGUCCUUCGUACUACAUCAUCUAUCUCGCGACAACUGUGAACUUUACGCGGCCCCCUCCAGUUCGACCCGACCCGAUUGUCUCUCCUUAUUUUUUUUUUCUUUUCUAUUUUCGAUAACUCUCGCUACAUCAUCAUAUUCUAGUGAUUCCUCUGUUUCGCGACGCCUGCUGUGCAGAUACAGCCGACCUCCAGAAAAAAGGGAUAUUAACUUGACGCUCUUUUCAAUUUCUUUCGAUUUUACUUCCUUUGCCCAAACGCUAUUAUACAACUUCUUUAUGCCUGUCUGUUUUGGUGACCCGACCAAGAAAAGAGCAUUUAUUAUCGUCCGCAGCGUAUAAUUCUAUAGCAGGGAACGUGUUUGCGAUCUGCGCCGAGUAAUCAUUUCUGCUAGACCGGGGCACGCACCUCUUGAAAAGCUUUACAACCGUUUGCUUGGAGGGUAUGCUAUAAAAUACGGUGUCUCAUGGAAGCUCGAUACUCUGGGUUACUAUUUAAGCCAGGCAAAUACCCUUGAUCAUGGCUUCAAAUCCACCAUCCACACAACCGGCUUCGCCCUCGGACGACACGGACAGUUUCCCCAGCCCCAAAUUCCCUGCCGGCCCUCCGAGCAUCAUCUCUUCGCGAAUGACCGACAUCGCGUCAGAGGACGGCGAUGGAGUUACUCGGGAGCAAACGAGGACGACUGCUGGGCAGAGGAGAAGUUUCCGCGUGUCCGACUCCCGACCCGGGACUGCUAGGACUGGCUUGUCCUCGUCGCGCGGCGCUUGGUCACAAGCAACUCCAUUAAGAAAGGGUAUACAAAGAGGAAGUAGCAUAAGUGGUAGUAUCAAAAGCGGCCGUCCGGCCAGCUCUACAAGCCGAACCCACGUACCCUUGGCUUCACAUGCGUUCUUUCAUCCUAUGAGUUCUCAGAAGCUUCAAGCCCAGCGAGGCGCACAACGAACUGGAUCUGGAAUGCAGCACCGGUUGAGCGUCGAAUAUGUACAGGAUGAUAACGAGUCUCAUAUCGCACCUCAGGAUGUUAGCACGUCGAGACCCGCACCACUUCUGGUUCGUCAUAUGACAGAUGAUGGGGACGCACAACUACCUCCUUCCAGGGGUACUGAGAUUACAGAGCCGUAUGAUCGUAUCACCGCCACUACAAGCCCGACUCGUGGUCACCACCCUACAGGCAGCCUUAGCGAGAGUAUGCGCCCCUUGCAGAAGAAGGCCGAGGAGAAGGGUCUCAAUCUGGACCUUGGUAAGACCAAGACCUAUAGGGAUCAGGAAAACUUACCGAGUCCUAUCAGAUCCCCGCGAUCUUUCAGAUCAGGGCUUUUCUUGCCGGGAAAAGGAGAGUCUGUUGCCCCCCCUGCUAACCGUAACAUGCACGGUGCGGAGAAGCUGUCUUCUGGCGCAUCAUCCCCUCGGUUCACCCCUGCUACCGCUAAUAUGCCGGCUACAAAAGUCAAGGCUGUGAAAGAGAAGGUGCAGGGCCAUGGCUAUAACCAUGAGUAUUUUGAAGGCAACACUGUAUUCUGCGUAGGAGGACGCUUGCAAAAUACGCGCCACCGGCCUAUCAACAUCGCGACUGGCCUCCUUUUUGUUUUGCCGUCUAUCCUUUUCUUCGUAUUCUCUGCCUCCUACUUAUGGCAUCAUGUCUCGCCUGCUGUGCCUAUCGUUUUUGCCUACUUGUUCUAUAUCUGUAUCUCGUCUUUCCUUCGCGCAUCAGGUUCAGACCCAGGGAUAUUACCUCGGAAUAUCCACCAGUUUCCCCCAGUGGAUGAGCAUGAGGACCCUUUGCGUUUAGCACCUCCGACCAACGACUGGACUCUAACAAAAUCAGCCGAGUCAAGUACUGCAGCAAUGGAGGUGCCAACUAAGUACUGUAAAACCUGCAACAUCUGGCGCCCUCCUCGAGCCCAUCACUGUCGUCUGUGCGAUAAUUGUGUCGAGACUCAGGACCAUCACUGUGUUUGGAUCAACAACUGUGUUGGAAGACGUAACUACCGGUACUUCUUUACUUUUCUAGCCUCUGGUACUCUUCUCGGGAUUUACCUGGUUGGUGCGUCGCUUUCUCAGGUACUAGUCUUUUCGAAGGAAGAGAAUGUGUCAUUUGGAACAGCUGUCAGCCACUUCCGGGUCCCCUUCGCCAUGGUCAUCUAUGGGUUUAUAUGCCUCUUGUACCCCGCGGCUUUGAUGGGUUACCACCUCUUCCUUAUGGCUAGGGGCGAAACAACCCGGGAGUUCCUUAAUUCGCAGAAGUUCUUAAAGAAAGACCGAUAUAGGGCGUUUGCUCAGGGUAGCAUGUGGAAGAACUGGGUUGUAGUGCUAUGCCGUCCGCGACCGCCAACGUACUAUCGUUUUAAGCAUCGAUUCGAGGAGGGGGAUCAGCGUUUUGGGGUGCGGCGGAAUCAGCACAGGAGCAAUUCUUCCCGGGGCGGAGAGGACAUGGAAAUGCAAGCUGUGCGACCCCCUUCUACUGGCUUUCAAGGGCCAACCGCUCUACGCAACUUGACGGCCAGUACGCGAUAAAGUGCUAGGUAUAUACGUCUCCUUCUACUUGGCUCUAGCGACCGAUUGUCCUAUCAUUCUUUGCCAGGCAAUAUUUUAUGUAAUGUCUUGUAGCACGAAUACCCCUUCAAUCAACUUGCUUUUUUUUUUCGUUUCUUUUUCAUUCUGUAUUAUUAUGAAUAUCGGUAUUAAGGGAAACGCGUGACACUAUUGUACGUUGCUUCGUAGGGUCUCUGGAAAGAGCUGAGACCUGAUAUGUAUUAUGUAUAUGUAUGAGGUCAACGGGUGAUUAGGGAUUAGGAACGGAUUUGCCUAAAUGAGGUUAUGAAAGAAAGAACCGGGUUACGUUUAUGUUCAUGUUCAUGUUCAUGUUCAGACCUCGUGUGGAAAAUACGAUUCUAUAAAAGUGUGUUUGUAAUACUUUUCAACAUCUUGCUUUAAGUAACCUUAGGUAGAUACCUAACAUAACCUGUACCCAACAUGUAACCAACCCAACCCAAGAUAGGC